AUGUCCUUCACUGUUGAAGUCGCUGACCAUCAUGCCGUCACCACAGUGCUUGGCAUCGCCGCAUUUACCGGUGCCCUCCUCUAUCUCAUAAGAACUCUCAUCGACAGCCGGAAGGUUUUCUCGAGGUUUAACCGCGCCCCGUCCUUCAGCCAGCCGGCCGAGAAGCCCUCCGUGACUACGGGCGAGAAGCCGAGCUACGUGAACGUGUUCCCGCCGUCCCAGAGGGCCACAAUUGCGGAGCUUGGACCACAAUUCGCGGGCAUCAAGGUGGACCUCGCCGUGACGCCGAAGCCUCUGUUGCAGGUGGAUGCCGACUACCGAUCCGCCGACCCCUCCCUCUUUAACUUCAGUGGCUUCAGCAUCGAUGAUAUUCAGAAACUUGGCAACUUUCCCGAUUAUGCGACUAUUUCAGGUGUUCCGCUGCCGUCGCCGUUGGUGAAUUUCGAUAUUGAUAAGGCCGUUCCGCGGCCCUAUCGACCGUUUAGAUGGGCUUACCACCAGACUAUGUCUUUAACCAAGAUGGACACCGAUUUCUGGAUCGAGCUCGAAAAUACAUACAAGCAGCGCAUUGCCGAACGCAAAGAUCUGUACGCAAAGAACGGCCGUGAUGUGCUUGAUAGUUUGCCCGGAUGCGAGCUCGCGUGCAAAGAACUCAUGGAAAUGGUCAUCCAAUUCAUCUGCGCAAGGUAUCCUAGACAAUUCAGGCUCGAUGGCAACAUCUUGGUCAACAACAUUCUAGGCACGACAACGGAUCUAUCUGUUACCGAGCCACUGAUCGUGCUCUUGGACAACGUCCCUGAAGAUUUUGGGAUCAUGCUUCGGGAUCAUGAGACGGGAAAGUACGUUCUACGAGGCGGAAUUAUCUGCUCCUCCGUUGGGUGGAAGCUUAGUGAAAAGGCGGGCCUGGGGCUGCCAGGAAUACACAAGGUGGUUCCAGACUACAAAGAGAAGAUGGAGUUUAGCAUGGAUCGGUUCUUCACUAAAAUGCCAACCAAUAAACCUAUUCAACGCGGUUCAUGGGGUCUAGAGAAGGGUCAGCCGCUCUAUCUUCCCUCAGAGCACCCCAAUUUCUCUCACCGCGAGCAUCAAAACCCUAGCUUGCAACCCGAAGAUGUUCACUUGCGUGUCGAUUGGCAGACCCUGCGCCGCCUACCACUAUCUGGUGGCGUUGUUUUCAAUUUCAAGGCACUGUUCACACCGUUGACAGAGUUCAACGAUGAGCCGUACAUCCCUACUUUAGUUCUCAAAGUUCUGAACGAGGGCAAGGAGAGCCUUCUGAAAUAUAAGGGGACAUGGCAUGUAGAGCACGUGGUAAAGCCGACGUUGAAGGAGUAUGAGAAGUAUCAGAUUCAGAAUGGUUUGAUUGAAAAGGAUUGGGAGCCGCACACUUUGGCUGAAGCCCCUUUCUUCAAGGGAUGGGAGAAGAAGUGGACUGUUGAAUGA